ACUUUCACAAAACACUUCACUUGACUACGGUGCAGGGAUAAAGUUGACAAGGCUAUGCUGCUGGUAGCAACUGGGCUGUGAGGCUAUGUCCCGUCUUGACGAAGAGGCCUCUCGGAAGCGCCAGGCAGCGAACGCGCGCGAGGUGGAGCUCCUGGCAGCCAAUGUGAACAAGCUGACCGGCCCUCACAGGCAGUGGGCGGAUGAGGCGCUGCAGCUGCAGCGCGAGUGGCGCGUGCUGCACGACCAGAUAUGGUUGGCCCACGGCUUUCUGCGGGAGGGGUGCGCCCUCUCACACUGGCAGGUGCAGCAGCUGCUGGCCAUCAAGGAGGAGACAUCGAUCCUGGCAGAGCAGCUCGAGGUGACGACCAACAGGCUCGCCGCGUCCAUCCCUUCUCUAGAAGGGGGAGGCACUGCACGUGUUGAUACGAAAGAGAAGGAGAAAUGCAAAGUUGAGAUGCAAAGGUGAGACUGUAUCGGUUACAUAACAAUUGAGCCAUUAAAGGGCCAGUAACCAGCUCUUAGGAGGCUUGAUGAGUGGCUGAUACGGUCUCUUUGGCCACGCGCCAGAAAUCCACCUCUUGCAAUCAGAGGAUCUAGUUGUCAAGUUGGCACUUAUCCCACUGGCAUGUACAGAUUCAGGCCGGAUAGAAAGUGCAUAGAACCUUAUGCUAGCAAAGGAAGAUAACUUCAAUGCAGCAGAGCGGCCAUGUAGGUUGUCAGGUGGUUGCUUUUGUAGGACGCUAAGGUCAGUCCUCACAAGUUCCGGCAAUAAAUCAGAAACGUGCUCAGAUUACUUAUUUGCAAGCAUAUCUGCAAGGCUGUUCAAUCCAUGUUCCGCACUUGCCUGCCCCCACGCAUGUGAGAAGACCCCGGCAACCAGAGUAAGUAAGCACAUACUUGACCGGCUGAAGCUCCGCGACCUUGGUCCAACACUUCAUGCUGCAUCGCCACACUUCGGAGG